AUGUCCGUUGUCGAUCGAGUGACUGCUGCCCGCCAUGUUUUAACUGGCGAUUUCAUCUCCAAAGCUGUAUGCAAAGCGACCAACCAUGAUAUCAUCUCACCCAAGAAGAAACAUGUCGAUUAUUUGAUCCAGUGUACCCAUGGACAAAAUGUGGAUAUUUCUGUCAUGGUGGAUACCUUAUACGAGCGUACUAAUAAUACCAGUUGGGUGGUAGUUUGCAAGACAUUAGUCACUCAUCAUCAACUCUUAUGCUAUGGCAAUGAGCGUUAUGUCCAACACGUAGCUUCUAGAACUGCUAGCUUCAACCUGGAAACUUUCUUAGAUAGAAGUGGAAAUCAAGGAGAUGAGUCCAUUAAUUUACCGCUUUACUAUUGUUUAGGAUACGAUAUGUCACUGUUUGCUAGAAGAUAUGCCAAAUACCUCAAUGCAAAAUCAUACUCAUACCGUAUGAUGGCUUAUGAUUUUUGUAGAGUUGAACGAGGGUAUGUAGAAAGGGUUUUAUUGGGACUUGAUACUUUACAGUUAAGUAAAACUUUGCCUGCACUCGAGCAACAAAUUGAUUCCCUUCUUGGAAUGGAGAUCACGGUUGGUGAAUUAAGCAAUGGCGUUAUUUCCAAUGCCUUCUUCUUAUUAUUCAAGGAUCUUGUACGGCUAUUUGCUUGUUAUAAUGACGCAAUGAUCAACCUAUUAGAGAAAUAUUUUGAUUUAAGCAAAAAGAGCUGUAAGGAUGCAUUAGAGUUUUAUAAAAAAUUUGUUGUCACAAUGGAAAAAGUUAAAGAAUUUUGGAAAAUAGCUGAGGAUCGUGGAUACGACAAAGGGGAUAUUCCAUAUCUCAAUUCUGCACCUGCAAGCUUACUCGAGGCCCUAGAGAAUCAUUUUUACGGUCUAGAUAAAAAAGGAGCCAAGUACGCAUUCACUCAAACUUAA